UGGUCGGUAGCCCUCCACGCACGAUAUAUAGAAAGAUGGAGGCCAAAAACCAGAGCUCUCGCUCCAUAUAAAUGGAGGGAAACAAAACAGAAGUACAUUCAUGGCUUCAUCUAAAGAUCUUCAAAGGCUACUCCAUGGCGCAUCUCUGGUUCUCAAGGAGCUAGCGAAACGUUCUUACGCCUACGAACCUGUAAAGAAUGGCGACGUUAAAACACUCGUUGCCUCCUCUCUCAAGAAAGCCCUAGUUUCUGCAACUGACCUAGCAGGAUUAACUAAAGGAAAGGAACGAGAGAUUUCUCUGUCUGGACCUAAGGAAAGUGUUGUUUAUUUCUCUGACUCUUCUGAAAACCCUAAUUCGAGAACAAAUCAGGAAGAAAAGCUUAGUUCAUCGGAUGAAACUGUAAAUGGGAGGGUAGAGGCAGCUGCCCCGAUCUCUGAGGAGGUCAAUGCUGGUUCGGUUUCUGUUGAUUCUGGACGUUCCAAUACUUCACAGCAGAGGACUGAAGAUAUUUUGGGCAAUGAUGAUGGAAAUACUCAAGUGCAGGCCUUGCCUGUAAAGAGGAGAAAACCUAGAGAGAGAAGAGUUCCUUCAACAGCAUUCAGUAGAGCACUCGGGUUUGCUGGACUGGGGGCAGGACUUGCAUGGGGUACAAUACAAGAAUCUGCAAAGAGACUCGUCUUUGGAACAUCAAAUUCACAAGGGCAAAGUCCCCCCUCUCCUCUCCUGUCUGAACAAAAUGCGGAACGUUUGGCCCUUGCUUUGUGUAGAAUGCGUGGAGCAGCACUCAAACUUGGGCAGAUGUUGAGCAUUCAAGAUGAAACCUUAGUACCAGCUCCGAUUUUGGCUGCACUGGACAUUGUUCGACAAGGUGCUGAUGUCAUGCCAAGGAGUCAGCUUGACCAAGUAUUAGCCAGUGAAUUAGGUCCCGAUUGGUCAUCAAAGCUAAAGAGUUUUGAUUAUGAGCCAAUGGCUGCUGCUAGUAUUGGCCAGGUUCACCGAGCUGUCACAGAGAACAAUAUGGAGGUUGCAAUGAAAAUUCAGUACCCUGGUGUUGCUGAUAGCAUUGAAAGUGAUAUUGAGAAUGUGAGACGGCUUCUUGAUUAUACAAAUCUUAUCCCAAGGGGACUUUUUCUUGACAGGGCUAUGAAGGUUGCAAAAGAGGAAUUGUCUCGGGAGUGUAACUAUGAGCUGGAGGCAGCAAACCAGAAACACUUUCGCGAACUUUUAUCUGAUACAGAAGGCUUUUAUGUUCCCAUGGUUAUUGAAGAUAUUUCUAGCAAGAGGGUACUAACAACAGAACUUGUUCCAGGAGUUGCCAUUGACAAGGUGUCAGGUCUAAAUCAGGAGAUUCGGAAUUAUGUUGGCAAAAAAUUGCUAGAGCUCACCCUGAACGAGUUGUUUGUAUUUCGUUUUAUGCAGACUGAUCCAAACUGGAGCAAUUUCCUUUAUGAUGAGAGCACAAAAAUGAUUAAUCUCAUUGACUUUGGGGCCACCCGAGAGUACCCACGCCGCUUUGUUGAUGACUAUCUGAGGAUGGUAAUGGCAUGCGCAAGUUUUGACAAAUAUGCUGUGAUUGAAAUGUCACAGAGGCUCGGUUUCCUCACGGGGCAGGAGUCAGAAAUAAUGCUCGAUGCUCAUGUUCAGGCUGCUUUUAUUGUGGGCUUGCCCUUCUCUAAGCCUGGUGGCUACGACUUUAGGUCAUCAAAGAUCACACAAAGCAUGUCUAAUCUUGGGGCCACAAUGCUUAAGCAUAGAUUAACCCCACCACCUGAUGAAGCGUAUAGUCUUCACCGCAAGCUCUCGGGUGCCUUCCUUGCUUGCAUUAAGCUCAGAGCAGUGGUUCCUUGUAGGGAAUUAGUAAUGGAAGUUUAUGAAAAUUAUGAGUUUUUGGACCAUAGCACCAGAGAUCAUGACGAGGCUUUAAUUAGCUCUACUGCCUGAUCUUAAACAAUCUAUGAACUUUUUAAUUUUGUUGAAUUUUUAAUUGUAAUAAAAUAUGGGUUGUCAUUGUUGGUUGGAGGCCUUCUCCUUUGCGCCCAUGAUGUUGUAUAAUAAUUUAUACAAUAAUUGAGAUAAUUUAUGCAAUAAUAGAAAAAAACAAAUCUGGGAAUUGGGCUUUUUGUGAAAA